AUGGGACACAAUAUAACGUCCAUCACAGAGUUCAUCCUACUGGGAUUUCCCCUGGACCCAAGGGUUCAAACGCUUCUCUUUGGGCUCUUCUCUCUGCUCUAUGCCUUCACCCUGCUGGGGAAUGGGGUUAUCCUGGGGCUCAUCUCUCUGGACUCCAGACUGCACACCCCCAUGUACUUCUUCCUCUCACACCUGGCCGUCGUUGACAUCGCCUAUGCCUGCAACACGGUGCCCCAGAUGCUAGUGAACCUCCUGAAUCCAGCCAAGCCCAUCUCCUUCGCUGGCUGCAUGACUCAGACCUUUCUCUUUUUGGCUUUUGCUCACACUGAAUGUCUCCUCCUGGUGGUCAUGUCCUAUGAUCGGUAUGUGGCCAUCUGCCACCCCCUCCGAUAUUCUGCCAUCGUGAGCUGGAGAGUCUGCACCACCCUGGCAGUGACUUCUUGGACCCUCGGUGUCCUUCUGUCCUUGAUUCAUCUAGUGUUACUUCUACCUUUACCCUUCUGUAGGCGCCAGAAAAUCAAUCACUUUUUCUGUGAAAUCAUGGCUGUUCUCAAACUUGCCUGUGCAGAUACCCACAUCAAUGAGAACAUGGUCUUGGCUGGAGCAAUUUCAGUGCUGGUGGGACCCUUCUCUACAAUUGUAGUCUCUUAUAUGUGCAUUCUCUAUGCCAUCCUUAGGAUCCAGUCAAAGGAAGGUCAAAGAAAAGCCUUCUCCACCUGCUCAUCUCACCUCUGUGUAGUUGGACUCUUUUACAGCACAGCCAUUAUCAUGUAUGUUGGACCCAGAUACGGGAACCUCAAGGAGCAGAAAGAAUAUCUCCUGCUGUUUCACAGCCUUUUCAAUCCCAUGCUCAACCCCCUGAUCUACGGUCUGAGGAACUCAGAAGUGAAGAAUACUUUGAAGGGAGUGCUGGGGAUACAGAGAGCUUAA